AUGAAGAGUCACAUUCUCAUUUUGCUUUGUAUUGUAGUUUUAGGAGUUAUUGGGAGCUGUCAAGGAGAUGGUAUUGGGAAGAAUUACUACAAGGUCACCUGUCCUCAUGCAGAGGAGAUAGUCAAGAAUGUUACCGAGAAACAUGUCUGUAAGAAUCCAAGCUUGCCUGCAAAGCUCCUGAGAAUGCAUUUCCAUGACUGCUUUGUCAGGGGUUGUGAUGCGUCGUUAUUAUUGAACUCGACAACAAACAACACUGCCGAGAAGCAGGCAAUUCCGAACCUAACCCUGUCGGGUUUCGAUGUCAUUGAUGAUAUAAAAGCAGAAGUGGAGAAGACAUGUCCAGGAGUAGUAUCUUGUGCUGAUGUUCUAGCCUUGGCUGCCAGGGAUUCAGUUUCAUUCGAGUUGCAAAGACCAUUGUGGGAAGUUCUUACUGGUAGAAGAGAUGGCAGAGUGUCACGAAUUUCUGAGGCAUUGGCUAAUAUUCCUUCCCCUUUCUCCAACUUCACCACCCUUGUCCGAAAUUUUGCUAGCAAAGGCCUCGAUGUGCAUGACCUGGUGGUUUUAUCAGGUGGGCACACCAUUGGAAUAGGCCACUGCAAUCUCUUCAGCAACAGGCUAUACAACUUUACUGGAAGAGGAGAUCAAGAUCCUUCGUUGAACCCAGCCUACGCUUCUUUCUUGAAGACCAAAUGCCGAAGUCUUAGAGACAUCAUAACCACAGUGGAAAUGGAUCCUCGUAGCUCUUUAAACUUUGAUAAUCACUACUAUGUCAUCCUUAAGCAAAAGAUGGGCCUCUUCCAGUCGGAUGCGGCCCUCCUGACAGACGAUAGCGCGCUCAAAACUGUCGACGAGUUGCUAGACUCAUCGAAAUUCUUUGUAGAGUUUGCACAGUCAAUGCAGAAAAUGGGAGCCAUUGGAGUUCUCACGGGGACUGCAGGGGAGAUUAGGAAGAAAUGUUAUGUUGUUAAUUAAUUCCUGUUGUCUUGGUUUGUGUAUUUUCAAUUGUAUGUCAAUCAUAAUAAUGUUUAAGCUAUCCAUUCUCAAA